GGGCUUUGAAUGCGAUAAACUUGAGUGUCCUUCAGUUUGGUUCCUCUUGUUUUCUUCACACAGCGGCAACAGUAAAUCAGGUCUUCUGCGCACUCUUCGCUUCAUCAAAGGACGACGGCGUUGCUACCGCCAACUCCGCGGUGAAAGAGCAGGGCCGGGACCGCUCGCUGCAUUCCUCAGCAUACCGAACGGCCGCAAUGGGCAGUGGCAACAAAGGCAGCAGGGUCCAGCCAUCGCAAGCGAUGCUUUCUCCACACGAGCUGGCCAACAUGUAUACCAGGCAGUUUGCCAUGACCAAAACGACAGCACCAGUACCCAGCAUAUACCAGGCUGCAGCCUCGGCAGCGAGCUCGACUGCCAACCAGACCUGUCUCCACGGUUUGACAGUUCUCCAGUGCGCACGGUCACAGGCGCCUGUCGAUCCACACCGGCUCAAGCAGAGCUACCGGCGACUGCAGCGCAAGAAGCGUAACUAUAUGGUCCAAAUCAUCGCGUUCGGCAUUCUGGUAUUGUUUACAUGCAAAUUGCUGAGCGCCGGGUCGGCAUACUGUAUCUACCUCAUUGUUACCAACCGCCGCUUCCUGCAGUCCAUCAAGUACCCAGCGCAAUGCAACCGGUCCCUGCACCAGUUUCGCAUGCGCUUUGAAGCAAAUCCCAUGCACGCACCCAGCCCAUUCAUAUCGCAGCUGUCAUUUUUCCCCACUGUUCCUCGGCAGCUGCGCGAUGGCUACUUGGAGUUCAAAUCCACGUAUUACCGCAAGAGAGAUGCGGCAAAGAGGCGGCUGCAGGAGCGCUUGCGAAGAGAACAGCAGCGCAAGAGCUCGCUCAGCAACGCAAGCUACAAGACGAAUGAGCGGAAGUCCAAGCAGCGCGUGGGGCGACAGCAACAUCUGCGUCACCCGAGCAGCAGCCACGAGGGGGAUUCGCAAGUGCUGGGUGGCCGCAUGUCAUCAAACAUAGCCGACAACAACAGUAUUCACGGGAUGUCGGCGCUGUUGGCUGGAGUUGACAGUGCCACUGACGAGGGGUCCACAACCAGCUCGUCAAUCGUUUCGCGAAGGAUGCCUGCAUCUGGCUCCACAAGGCGCGGCGGUUCAGACAGCGACGGCGGCCACCACCACGACGGCAUGCAUUGAAUCCCUUGUAACAACAGCCCUCCUUUUUAAUUUUUUUUACACUUUUUAACGCAUUUUUGUUUAGACA